AUGGAGCUGCGACGACAGUACGUCUUCAAGCUGAUUCCAAUGCUGAAUCCGGAUGGUGUUGUUUUGGGCCACUAUCGGACAGAUACCAGAGGCGUUAACCUAAAUCGAGUCUACUUGGCGCCGAACUAUCUUCAGUACCCUUCUAUCUACGCGGUCAAAGCCCUCAUCGCCUAUCACCACCUCUUUUAUGGCGAAAAGAUGGCCUACCCAGGUUCGAUAUCACCCGAAAAAUUUGAGAAAUUCGUAAUGCUGUCCAAGAAGUGCCGACAAAUCCUGAAUGAACCAGAAAAAUUCGGUUUGCCGAAAGUAACCACGAGACCAAAACCACGGUAUGAGGAGCCUGUGUGCACGUCGGGCGACGUUCAAAGUGAGGGCCACGAAUUGCCCAAGCUUUAUUCUCCAGAAGUGGAACGUUUCAACAGCGCAGAGCCCUGCAAAAAGGACGUACAUCGACCUUCACGGUACUCAUGCUGUCAAAAUCAAAUACAACUGGACGGCCCCAAGUCGACCCGCGACGACUGCAUUAAUGGCCCUCGCAUACAAACGAGGGAGGCGCGCUACUUGGAAUCGCCAGUGAUCCGCCACCCGGUCGAGCAUUCCCAGACCACCACCUCCUCACUCAAAGGCAAGAUCAUGAGGCAGUAUUUCAGUGAACAGGACUGGGUAUCCGUCUUUCUAGACGAAAACCAGCCGCCAAAUACCUCUGGCUCUAGGCAAAGUGAACUUGCCCUGCGGUUGCCCAGGAACAUCUCCUCAGCUACCACAAUUCCGCAAUGUCAAUCAGUAGAGGUGUCACUUAGUUCUAUGCGUAGGACCUCUGAGGAGGAGGAAGAGGUCCGUCUUCUGACAUCGGAAACCUCAAAAUCAUCGCUGAAAUACCCCGACGAACACCGAAACCAACUUCCCAGCAAGUGGAUGACAGUGCUGUCAAAAGGGGGCGCGCUGGAAGCGCAAUGCAAUUUCCAGAUGUCGCACCUCAAGUACUUACUAGAAGAAGAUCGACGACUCCCGACGCCUCUGUUGAAUCGCAAUAACUGUGCCUUCAAGGAAGAAGAUAGUUUCGGCCUCGCACGCCACUCAGCGCUCUCCUCUGGACGUGAAUCUGAAAACGUAUCCCCUGAGCUAAAGAUGCUGAUUGCACACCAAAAGCGGCGCCAGUCGAAACUCUCCCAAAGUCAGGAAGAUCUUGGAGUCGCCGUUCGAGAGAAGGCCGAUCAAGACUUCCUGGCUGUUUUUGAAAAUAACCUCGGCGUGGACGAGGAUCUUCGUCUUGAAUUCAUCAAUUAUUGCAAGGCCAACCACCUGGCUGAUCCGCAACUUCUGCAGAUCCCCUCUGACGAAAGCAAUGUGCAGUGUUACAUUGAUCUGCACGGUCACUGCACAAAACGCGGAUGCUUCUGUUAUGGCAACUUUUUAAAGUCCGAAAAGAGCAUGAUGGACAAUGUGCUGUACGCACGACUAAUUGCCCUCAACUCGGCCUUUUUUGACUUUGGGGGCUGCAAUUUCUCAGCUCGAAACAUGUAUCAGAAGGACCGCUCCACUGCACAGAGCAAAGAAGGCAGCGGAAGGGUGGCAGUUGCCAAGCACAUGGGUCUCACUCACUGCUACACCAUUGAAGCCAACUAUAACUCAGUAACUCCUCCCCUCUUCUUCAAGCCAAUCCGCCAGCUUGUGGACAGUGAGCGGUUCGGGCGGUGGCUGCCGCCAUGCACGUACUAG